AUGUUUAUUCUUGAUGAAAAAGAUUCUGACGUCUCCAAGGAGAACCUGGACGACCUUUUCCCUAACGAUGAGGAUGAGCAGGGCCCAGGCAUGCCGCAGCACAACACAGGCAGUGCCGCCGUGGCGGCCGCCCAGCAAGGCGGCUACGAGAUCCCGGCGCGCCUGCGCACGCUGCACAACCUGGUGAUCCAGUACGCCUCGCAGGGCCGCUACGAGGUGGCCGUGCCGCUGUGCAAGCAGGCGCUGGAGGACCUGGAGAAGACGUCCGGCCACGACCACCCCGACGUGGCCACCAUGCUCAACAUCCUGGCGCUGGUCUACAGGGACCAGAACAAGUACAAGGAGGCCGCUAACCUGCUGAACGACGCGCUGGCGAUCCGGGAGAAGACUCUGGGCCGGGACCACCCAGCGGUGGCGGCCACACUCAAUAACCUGGCUGUGCUGUAUGGGAAGAGGGGCAAGUAUAAGGAGGCGGAGCCACUGUGCAAGAGGGCCCUGGAAAUCCGGGAGCAGGUUCUGGGUAAGGAUCACCCCGACGUGGCCAAGCAGCUGAACAACCUGGCUCUGCUGUGCCAGAAUCAGGGCAAGUACCAGGAGGUGGAGCAUUACUACCAGCGGGCCCUGGUCAUCUACCAGACCAAACUGGGACCUGACGACCCCAACGUGGCCAAGACCAAGAACAACCUGGCAUCCUGUUACCUCAAGCAGGGGAAGUUCAAGCAGGCUGAGACGCUGUAUAAGGAGAUCCUCACGCGAGCCCACGAGAGGGAAUUCGGCUCUGUGGAUGAUGAGAACAAACCGAUUUGGAUGCAUGCAGAGGAAAGAGAGGAGCUGAGCAAGGGAAAGCAGAAAGACGGGUCGCCCUUUGGAGAGUAUGGAGGCUGGUACAAAGCGUGCAAAGUGGACAGCCCCACCGUGACUACCACGCUGAAGAACUUGGGCGCCCUCUACAGGCGGCAGGGCAAGUUUGAAGCUGCAGAGACCCUGGAGGAGGCUGCAAUGCGCUCGCGAAAGCAGGGCCUGGACACGGCACACAAGCAGCGUGUGGCGGAGGUCCUGGGCGACCCUGAGGCUCGCGAGAAACAGCGCAGCCGCGAGAGCCUCAACUCCGAUGUGGUCAAGUAUGAGAGUGGCCCGGACGGGGGCGAGGAAGUGAGUAUGAGCGUGGAAUGGAACGGGGACGGCUCCGGCUCGCUGAAACGCAGCGGCUCCUUCAGCAAACUUCGGGCCUCCCUGCGGCGCAGCAGCGAGAAGCUGGUGCGCAAGCUGAAGGGCGGCGGCUCGCGGGACAGUGAGCCCAAGAACCCUGGCAUGAAGCGUGCCAGCUCGCUGGGCGUUCUAAACGCACUGGACCAGGCGGCCGGGGAAACCAUCCAAGAACGAAAUAAUCGUCUGAGGAAAAAGCGCGACCUAAGUGCCAGCCACACGGAUCUGGCGCACUGACGGUCUUGUCGGGAAGACCGCCCCCUUUCUGAGCAGACGGUAGCCCACGGUCUCCCAGUGUCCCUGCCUCACAGGCAUUCCUGUUUUCCUGCGACUGAACAUAUACACCCUCUGUCCGCUCGAUCUCUGCUGACUGAGGUUUUAAGUCUCACCGCCAUCUUGUUGCUGGUUUUUCUGGAUGGGUGCAGAGAAAUAUCCACCUUCGCAAUGAAGUGUGUAGGACUGUAGGUGGGCUCACUUCCGAGGAGCAUCAGCAGGGGGCGAUGUGGUGUUUUCAUUUUAGGUUGGGUUUUCAUGUAAAUAGGGGGUUUCUCUCAUUGAUCAUGUUUAAACUGUUGUUACCAUUCAUCUUGGUUAUUAUGCUUGAAAUGUAGCCUUUCAUCUCCUGGGUGAGUGGUCACAGGGUACUAUAGUGCUGCCCUCAUCACUGACCCCAAGGUUUCACUUCACUGGCUGUUUUCAAUACUGACAAGCUCUUUCGGAAAGGCGUCUGUUUACAUUUGGUUAUAGAAGCUAUGAUUUCUGUUGGGGCAGGGGGGGUGGGGCUGCAUUUUUGGGGAUUUUAAAAGCCUUGAAAUUUUCACAGAGGCUUAAACACUGCAUCCGCUUCAAGAUGGAUACUUAGCUGUAGAUAAAAGAGCUUUGACAAAUUAGACUGCAGCUCGACUGACUCAGACUCUGAUCUGUCUGUCUCUCAGGAUUCAAACGAAAAGUAAAGAGCAGUUUUAUUACAGUUUAUAUAAGUCUUUGAUGUGCACUUAACUGAGAAUGAUUAGACUUAUGCCUGUUACACUCUUCAAAAAGGGAACUUAAUCCCUUUAUAUAUUAGCUUAGAUUUUUUUUAUAUCAGCUGCUGAUUAGUAAUGACAAAUUUAACUGGUUUGUCUAGAAAAGCAUUAGUGUUAAAGCUGCCUAUGGACUGUACAUGUUUACAGUCCAUUUAAAAUACAAAUGUUACUUUAUAAAGAAGAGGUUUGGUUUUGUUCAUGCAUUAAAAAUUGUUUACCAGAUUCCACCAUCUUACUCAGAAACUAGUGGUCUCUCUAUUUUUGGCCUCAAGGAGAAAAAAAAAAAGUAUGAAUGUGGGAAUAAGGCAUGUGGCUCUGAAUAUCUAAGAGGUCUGUCUCCACAUGGUGGAAGGAUCUGGAUUUUAAGUGCUUGUACUCCUAAUGGGGUAGAGGAAAGCAAGCUGGCUGAAAGGCAGUGAUGAAUUUGCCAUUAAGUCAGACAUCUCAUUAGGAAUGCGGAUCAGAGUGUCCUGUUGCCUUUGUCCGACUGCCCAGAGAACUGAAACAGCCUGACAACCGGGAGUGAAAAGUAACAGGAAGUGGAAAGAGAACGUCGGCCGUUUUUGAUUGAAAAAGGGUUUGCAAGGAGCAGAGAAUAAUCAAACUGCAAAUCCACCCAUCCUUUGUGGAGCCUAGGGUCUCUCAGAGGAAGAAGGGUCUGAGGCAGGUCGAACCCUGGACAGGAUGUCUUGUCUAUCAAACUGUAGAUGUCCUUCGCAAAAGCUGGAACUAUGCUGAGACUGUUGACGUUAACAGGAAGCUGACAGGAAAUGUGCAGGAUGUGCUACUCUACGUCGCUGGUGGUUAGGGUGAGGAAAAUAAGGCACUGUUAGUGUGUCUAUUUCAUGUACUCCAUUUCUGCUUUAACCCUUUGCACAGGACGUAUAGAACGCCACAUACACACUAAUUACCAGUGACACUCUGUCCAAGUUGCUACAGUGUGACUUUAGAAAUCCAUUGUUUUCAUUGUAUUCAAACUACCUGUAAAUGACUGUACUGAUAAAAAAAUUAAGCCAGUAACAUAAAAAUAAGCCAUUAGUUUGUAGUAACAUACCACGUGCAUUGUUUUCCCUGCUUUGAAGUUGUUGUUUGUGAAAGAACUGAAUGUAAAAUAUCACUUAUAACAGGGAAAUGCCUGUAGACUGUUGAUCAGUUUGUGUUAUGAUCAUGACAUUUUAAAUUAUUUUAUUCUAUGUUCUUAAGGUUCAUGUGGUGGUGGAAUAUUUUUAGUCUGAAAGCAUAUAUGGAUACAAAUAUGAAGAUCACUGUGUGAAUUAUGUACUGUUCGUAUUAGAGGUUAAGUGUCCCAUUUCCAUUUGCUUCUGUCUUACUGGUCAUUUAAAGUAUUUAAAAUACAUGUGUUCCCUCCAUCUUA